AUGUCGGUACGAUGCCUUCGUUCCUACUCCACCUCCAACAUCAAAAGCAAGCUCGACCACUACAUUGAGACGGGACAGAUCUCCAAGUAUGCGCCUAGACAGCUCGAGCGCAAGUUCCAAAAAGGACCCCUCAAAUCGGAGGCGUACUCGCCCCAGAAAGCCCUCCUUAUCUUGAAGGCAAAGUACGACUCCAGCCUCUUCCAGGACGCCAACGGGCAGGGAAUCAGGCUCUCGUCGCUAGCAGCCAAGGAUUUGGGAGUCAGCUCGCCCAAAUCGUUGCAGAUCUACAAAAAUCUCCACCACAUCAAAAGCGCAACCAGAAAGUCCAUUGACAAGCGGCUCCUCUUGGCGCUCAUGGGCACCAACGAGGCCCAGCUCAAAGACCCGUAUUUGGUGACAGCAGACGUGUUGAAACUACUCGAAAGAGAUGGCGAAACCACCAGAGCCUUGGGUCUCAUCAGACUCGCUCGCGCAGGGUCGUCCGUCCUGGGAAUCGUGGGCAUGAACGCCAUCCUCCAGUGGCUACUCGAGAAAAGAGACCACAAGCAAGCAAUCAAGUGCUUAAACGACCGGAAGAAGUGGGGCAUUCCGCUUAAUUCCCACACCUAUGUCAUAUUGUUCGAUGGCUUGUCUACCAGUCAUGAAUGGGGAAAAGCCCAGGACGAGACGUGCCAGUUUGCCCUUGAGCUCUUCGAGAAGUAUAGAGUGGAGUCCAUCGACGGUGACCCAAAAAAAUUGGGAAAAUGUGGAAUAGAACACUUCAACGCAUUAUUGAGUUUUUUGGUGAAGAAUUUCACCAACGAACAGGAGCUUGCAUGGGCAGUAUUCGACACCUUGAAGGGAAAGAAGACAGAUGAUGCAAAAAAAAUACCGACCCUUGUCCCAAACAGCCAAACUUUCACAAUUUUUUUGAAUGGCCUCAAGAAGUACUCAGAAGCCCAAGCAACCACAAUCAAGGCCAAUAAGAAAUUGACCAACAAGGCCAAGUCGGCCCAGUUGAUCAAAAAUCAUCAAACCUUGGUUGAAACUGCUAACUUGAUUUUGGACAAAGUGAUCAAAGCAUCCACACCUCCAAUCCCUCCUACUAAGGAACAAGCCCAAGAGGACCCAGAGGUAUUGGUGACUUACCGGGCACAAAUGAACAGAAUUCUAAUGACUAUCGACCCAGCAUUUGUAUCGGUAUUUGUGUCAUGCUACAUCAACGGUUUCAGUGGAAGUGGAGUGGAUAUCGAUGGAGGAAGCCACUACAAGUAUGUUCAGCAAGGUUUGGAGUAUUUGAAAGCGUGGUGUCCUGAGAUUGAUCAGAUGUUCCAAUUUGUGAACGAACAAGCCAGAGCAGAUAAUAUCAUUUCUCCAGGAAAGUCAGUGAAGUACAUUACUGAUACCAGGCUUAAAAACUCCCAGGAUGAUAAGGAAGACUUGACUCCCACCUUGCCACAAUUGGAUCCUUCUAAAAUCAACCCAAUGGUGGUAUUUCCUCCUUCUCCAUUUUCUAAGAACAAGACCAGGGCCAUUUUCAGCGAUAAAAAGAAACCAUUAGUUGACUUCACCAGGCUCACAUACGAUGAGGUUCAGAUGAUUUUGGCUGACAAGAAUUUCAAGGAUUCCAGAGGCAAAUACGGUAAGAAGAUGCCAGCUAAUAUCCAGCUCACCCAGACAACCAAGAAACAGGGAAUCAACAAAUUUUUGCUCAUGAACGUUUUCGAUGGUCUUGUUAGAUUGGGUAGACACCAAGAAUUCAUUCUCAGCAUGUGGUACGCUUUGGAUAGAUGGGGAGGACUUGAUUUACAAAAAGAGUUUGACUACUUUAAAUGCGAGAAAUUCUUGACUAGUGAGAGAUAUCCUAAGUUUUAUGUUGAUAAGAAGGAAGUUGGAACACAAGUGGAUACCAAAAAACUUACUGAAAAGCAAAAGUCUACUGACGACAGUAUUGUGGAUUUAUUGCUUGUGGAGAACUUGAUCUACAAGCUCAACGAGCAGUUCAAGCAAAAGGGCUUGAGUGCCAACAAUACUAUAGUUGAAGUGUUUUCGGCUUUGGUGAACAAGGACAUCAAUUUGGCAUAUAAGUUGGUCCCUCGGUUCAAGACAGUGGAUGUGAUUUUCUCCAGUUUGAUGACUGAUAUCCACUACUUCAACGACUACACGUUCAACCAGGAACAAUUGAACAAGUCUAAGGAAUCCAAGGAACCCAAAGAACUUAAAGUGAAAAAUACUAAGGAGGAUAAAUAUCAUCGCUACAUUUCCAAAGAUCAAUUAUCCCACUUUCUUCCCUCUUUGGCACACUUCAUGGACUCUCUUCUUGUAUUCGAGUCGCAAAAGAGUUCACAAGACAAAUACUUGUUGCCAAACAUGUACUUAGAGUCGUUAAACCGAAUUUUGGAUAGGCUUUAUUCCGCAGCAUGGAUCAAUGUUAAUGCUGAGGAUAGUAUUAUGUUUCACAAAUAUAUUAUUCGCUCGGGAAUAAUGCUGUUUAAGCCCCGUGAAUUUGUCGAUCCUAGAGAAAAGCUUGAGUACGCUUCCAUAAUAAAGUCCUUAAGAGCAUACCAUCAGUGGUUCAAGGAAAACAAGAACUUGAGUAAACAGGAUGUCCGCAUGGGAAACUCUAUCAAAGCUUUGUUCCAAUUGCGGAAGACCGACACAGACUCCGAAGACAAAUUGAAGUCGAUAUUGAAGUCGAUCUACAGGCAUUCUGAGCAGUAG